ACUCGGGGGGUUUUGUCGCCUCUACUGACAAAAUCUGAUGCGCAUCCAUCGUUGUCGAGAGAGGAUUAGUCGAUGUGUCUGGGGUUUGAUAAGAUUGAUUGGCUGGGUGUACAGAGCUUGGUGGGUGGGUGCGUGAUCAUUAUUACAGAGCUCAAUAAGCUGAAAUUUGACAGCACUCAAUCCGAAUCUUAGGGUUGUCGCGUUGGAUUGGUGGUUUUAGUCACUUUUCUCGAACGGAGCAGCUCUUCGGCUAUGGCGACGGAAUCCGGAGUCUCCCCGCAUCGGAAUCCUUCUCAACUUUCGUGGGCGAAUCUGCCGAGGAACCUGAUUCUGGCGUAUCAGAGCUUUGGUGUUGUCUACGGAGACCUGAGCACAUCUCCUCUCUAUGUGUAUUCAAGCACCUUCAUCGGCAAGCUGCAGAAGCAUAAGAACGAGGAGGCUGUCUUUGGUGCAUUCUCUCUGAUUUUCUGGACCCUUACCUUGAUUCCCCUCCUCAAAUACGUUCUCGUCUUACUAAGCGCUGAUGAUAGUGGAGAAGGUGGCACGUUUGCUCUCUAUUCGUUGCUUUGCAGGCAUGCCAAGUUUAGCUUACUCCCUAACCAGCAAGCAGCCGAUGAGGAGCUCUCUGCCUACAAGUAUGGUCCAUCCAUGGACAGUGGAAAUUCCUCUCCUUUUAAAAUAUUCCUGGAAAAGCAUAAACGGCUGAGGACCGUGUUGCUUGUUGUGGUGCUUUUCGGUGCUUCUAUGGUCAUUGGAGACGGUGUUCUUACUCCAGCAAUCUCAGUGCUAUCAUCCAUGUCAGGUCUCCAAGCCACAGAGAAUAAAUUGACCGAUGGGGAACUUCUGUUGCUUGCAUGUGUCAUAUUGGUGGGACUGUUUGCUUUGCAACACUGUGGCACCCACAGGGUGGCAUUUAUGUUUGCACCCAUUGUUAUCAUUUGGUUGGUUUCAAUACUCUCCAUCGGUUUAUACAACAUCAUACAUUGGAAUCCAAGGAUAAUAGGUGCUAUUUCCCCGCUUUACAUCAUCAAGUUCUUCCGAAUAACUGGUCAAGAUGGCUGGAUUUCUCUCGGAGGGAUUCUUCUCUCUGUCACAGGUACUGAAGCUAUGUUUGCUGACCUUGGUCAUUUCUCUGCCUUGUCAAUUAGACUUGCUUUUGCUGUUGUGAUCUACCCCUGUCUGGUAGUACAAUACAUGGGUCAGGCAGCUUUCCUGUCAAAAAACCUUGGAUCUAUCCCCAACAGUUUCUACGAUUCAAUCCCAGAUCCUGUUUUCUGGCCUGUCUUUGUUAUCGCUACACUUGCAGCUAUUGUCGGGAGUCAGGCCGUGAUAACUGCGACGUUCUCCAUAAUCAAACAGUGUCAUGCCCUCGGAUGUUUCCCACGUGUCAAAAUCGUCCACACUUCAAAACAUAUGUAUGGACAGAUCUAUAUCCCAGAGAUUAACUGGAUCCUGAUGAUACUUACUCUUGCAAUAGCUAUAGGCUUUCAAGACACAACUCUCAUUGGAAAUGCCUACGGACUUGCUUGCAUGACAGUGAUGUUUAUCACCACAUUUCUCAUGGCUCUGGUCAUAGUCUUUGUUUGGCAAAAAAGCUGCCUUCUGGCUGCACUGUUCCUUGGAACUUUCUGGCUAGUCGAAGGUGUUUACCUCUCAGCCGCUUUCAUGAAAGUCCCCCAGGGCGGAUGGGUGCCUCUGGUGCUUGCGUUCAUCUUUAUGAUCGUCAUGUAUGUCUGGCACUAUGGGACUUGUAGGAAGUACAACUUUGAUCUUCACAACAAAGUUUCGCUGAAAUGGUUGCUCGGCCUAGGUCCUAGCCUUGGGAUUGUCCGUGUACCCGGCAUAGGCCUCAUAUAUUCAGAACUCGCAACUGGAGUCCCUGCUAUAUUUUCUCACUUUGUCACCAAUCUCCCCGCAUUCCAUAAUGUUCUGGCUUUCGUCUGUGUGAAAUCAGUCCCUGUUCCUCAUGUUUCCCCAGAAGAACGCUUCCUCAUUGGCCGUGUUUGCCCAAAGCCAUACCGUAUGUAUAGGUGCAUUGUAAGGUAUGGGUACAAGGACAUCCAGCGCGAUGACGGGGACUUUGAGAAUCAGCUGAUACAGAGCAUAGCAGAGUUCAUCCAGAUGGAAGCUGGCGACCAACAGGCUUCUGCUUCCGAGUCUCAAUCCUAUGAUGGGAGAAUGGCAGUGAUAAGCAUGCAGAAUGAUUGCCACCCGAGCCCAGUGCUAUCGGUUUCAGAGGUAGAAGACUUUGAUUUUGCUGAACCCACAAUACAAAGCAGCAAAUCCAUUACUCUGCAGAGCCUGCGUUCAAUGUACGAGGACGAGUAUCCACAGGUGAGGAGGCGACGUGUGAGGUUCCAGGUAAUGCCGAGUUCUGGAAUGGACCCUUCUGUCAGGGAAGAGCUAACGGAUCUGAUACGUGCGAAAGAAGCUGGUGUUGCAUAUGUAAUGGGUCAUUCUUACGUGAAAGCCAGAAAGUCGUCGUCGUUCUUGAAAAAGCUCGCAGUUGAUAUCGGCUACUCUUUUCUCCGGAAGAACUGCAGGGGCCCCGCUGUAGCGCUUAACAUCCCUCACAUCAGUCUCAUCGAAGUCGGAAUGAUAUAUUACGUUUAAUCCCUGCUGUUAUUAUAUGAACACAUGAUCUCAAAGAAUAGGAAUAAUGUGAACAAGAUGUACAUGUGUUUUUUGUUGUUAAGUUUGCAAUGAUAAGGGAACAGGGUUCUGCAUCCA